AUGGGAAAGUAUACAUCUUUGAAGGUUGUGUCAACGGCUGCUAAGAAGGCAGGCGGAUCAAAAUCUAAGUCAGGUUCUACCUCCAAAAAGAGCGGAAAGAAACGAUUGGAAAAUGCAUCCUCUGUUGAUGUACGUCAACCUAAAGAUAGAGAUCCCAAGAUCUCCAACGAUUCCAAAACCCAAGAAGUGAUCGACACAUUGUGCCCACUGAUUGACUUUGGGCUCUCCAUUCAAGAUUUAGUCGCUAUCGGCUAUGACAAGAACUUCACUCAGAUAGAGUUUGGAAAUCACGUUUUUACAAAAUGGAUCGACGACCACAACGCCUGCUGGUCUCAAGCCCUUCCCAGGUUCGACAGCCCUUUCCAGGACUUCUACGCUAAGUUCUUGGUCGAAGUUUGGGUUAAUAUGAUCUUUGACGAAUACAAUAACGACUGGCAAUGCUUUCUGGCCUUUUUUAUUUUGACUUUUGAGGAUGACGACAAGAACACGGAAUAUAUCUGGGGAGUGAGAGCGAUUGCUCUACAGGUCGCCCAACAAAUUCCUUUCUCCUUUUUUGAUAUCGGUCUUCUGGGUGAUUCGACAAUUCAACAUGAUGACUUGUACUUCUGUCGUGACGAUUCUAAUCCUCGCCUACGACAAGAGACACCUUUGGUACAAUUUUGGUUGAUCUGUGCUACCAUGUUUGAUCAUCCUUGGACUAUGAUGUUUGACGAAUUUCUAGAGGUGACUCCUGUAAGAUGCAUACAGGAAAUGAAGACUAAAGUCAUCGCGGGUUUUCCGAACGACGCAGUUGACAAAGUUGAAAUCCACAAGGGUGUCAGAAAGAUUUUCGAUCCGGAGUAUGAAGAUUCCGAGGAAGAAGAUGCUCCAAUCGGUGACAAAGAUAAUGGCUUGGUUAACAGGUACGCCCAACCUGAUGGGUGGGACUCAGAUGAGACCGGUGACGACAGCGAAUUUGACAAUAAGACUGUCGAUGAUGCUGAUGAUGAUGAUGAUGAUGAUGACAAUGACGAUGCGUCUGAGGAAUCCGUCAUUAUUGUUGAAAGCACUCGGCCAACCGACAAUGAAUUUGGUGAUAGCCGAUCCGGCAGAGGUCGCCACGCUGAGACUCGCACCAUCACUGAUGAAACAGUCUCCGAAUUGACAGGAAACACAGGUGAUGAAUCUGACCCGGAAUUAGCGUCUCCACCAAGAAAGAAAGGACGCUCUCAACGGGUGUCAAUUGAUGAACAAGCUACUGCAAUGGAUGUGGAUGGAACGGACCCAAGCGUUGGUUCCCGACCCAGUGGAAAGCGGCUGCACCCGGCGCCAAGGUCUAAGCCUGCUACACAGGAGCCGGCAAAAUCAAAGCCUACAACGAACGUUCCCGGGGCCAAACGGAAAUCCCAACGAACUUUGACGCUGGAAGAGCGCCUGGAUGAUUUGCGCAAUGUCGAUCUGGAUGGAAUGGAAGGCAGGGCUAUGUUGGUUGAGUUGGGCACGGUCUACAAUUACUCAGGUCAGCAGGAGGGUAACCAAUCACAUGCUUCCAGUGUUGACCUUCCGGAAGGGAAGGCCAGUGUGUGUUGGUCUCUGCCAACAACACAAUCCCCACUUGUUCUUCUUUCAACCACUGGUUAA